AUGGUCCAGGACCGUGGGGGGUGCUCCAGAGCACAGCUGCUGACCUGGUCUUUGGGGGCAGCCAUGACCCAGCCUCCACCCACCAAGGCACCGGCCAAGAAGCAUGUGCGGCUGCAGGAGAGGCGGGGCUCCAACGUUGCUUUGAUGCUGGAUGUGCGGUCCCUGGGGGCUGUGGAACCCAUUUGCUCGGUGAACACACCCCGGGAGGUCACCCUACACUUUCUGCGCACAGCUGGACACCCCCUCACCCGCUGGGCCCUGCAGCACCAGCCACCCAGCCCCAAGCAGCUGGAAGAGGAAUUCUUGAUCCCCUCGAACUUUGUCAACCCCGAAGACCUGGAUAUUCCUGGCCACACCUCCAAGGACCGAUACAAGACCAUCUUGCCAAAUCCCCAGAGCCGCGUCUGUCUAGGCCGGGCACAGAACCAAGAAGACGGAGACUACAUCAACGCCAACUACAUCCGAGGCUACGAUGGGCAGGAGAAGGUCUACAUUGCGACCCAGGGCCCCAUGCCCAACACUGUGUCGGACUUCUGGGAGAUGGUGUGGCAGGAAAAAGUGUCACUCAUUGUCAUGCUCACUCAGCUCCGAGAGGGCAAGGAGAAAUGUGUCCACUACUGGCCCACAGAAGAGGAAACCUACGGACCCUUCCGGCUCCGCAUCCAAGACACAAAAGAGUGUCCAGAGUACACUGUGCGGCAGCUCACCAUCCAGCACCAGGAGGAGUGCCGGGGAGUGAAGCACGUCCUCUUCUCCGCCUGGCCUGACCACCAGACCCCAGAAUCGGCUGGGCCCCUGCUGCGCCUGGUGGCCGAGGUGGAGGAGAGCCCAGAGACAGCUGCCAACACUGGGCCCAUCGUGGUCCACUGCAGUGCAGGGAUUGGCCGGACUGGCUGCUUCAUCGCCACCCGAAUUGGCUGUCAACAGCUGAAGGCCCGCGGGGAAGUGGACAUUCUGGGCAUCGUGUGCCAACUGCGGCUGGACAGGGGCGGAAUGAUCCAGACCACGGAGCAGUACCAGUUCCUGCAUCACACGCUGGCCCUGUAUGCGGCCCAGCUGCCGGAGGAGCCCUGCCCCUGAGCCCUGGCGCCCUCCACCAGCCCAGGUGCCAAAGUC